CCGUGUAUUGCCAGAUUAAAGAUAAGAUUGCUGCAGUAAAUCGAUCAAGUCUUAAUCGAUUACAUAAUUGUUUAUAAUAUUUUUGGACAAUAUGUUCACCGUUUACGUAUUUUGUUCUAAAGUACACACAAUACAAAAUUAAGAUUUUUUUUUCUGUGAUGAUUUGAAAUAUUACUAUUCAGCUGCAGCAUUGUAUUCAAAAGUUUAAUUAUAAUAUGUAUAAUUUUUUAAAUAGAUACCUAAUCGAUAUUUUUAAUACCUGUCAAUCACUAUCAAGUCCCGUAAUCUCAUUUUGACGUCCUGAAUAACGGCAACAUUGCUAAUUCGCGUCCAUCUUUACUUCGAUGUGUUUCAUUAUUGUUGUUUUACGUAAAUUAUUACAAAAAUAUUAUUAUUCUUCCAUAUCAUCAGAUAUCUAACAAAGCUCUUUUCACUGAGAUUUUAGCAAGACCUUAUUCUAGCAAAUAUUAACUUGUUUGCAGAUGAAGUGUGGGAAUGGAUAGAUUGAACCAAUUGCGCGGCGGCGGCGCAGGCGGCUCGCGGGACUCGUCGCUGGACGGCUCCGGGGCCGGCGACUCCUUCCUCACGGCCAACGACACGCCCUCCAAGUACUACUCUCUCUCAGAAGACGACUCCUUUGACAACGACAUCACCAAAGAUGUGUCACUGGCGACGGCAAGCGCGGAGUCCAGUCUCAACGCUUCCGACUGCUUCUCCAAUCUGUCUCCAAUUGGAAAAAUAGACUAUAAGAUUGGUAAACAAAUUGAGGCUGCUAACAUUCUGUCUGGUGGAGUCAACAUCUUUGAUGAUAAUGAUAACUCAUAUGAUGGCAAUGAACUUGUGAUAGAUGAUAAUGUUGAAAUUGACAAAUCUCCCAACUUGAAGUCUCCUGAAAGUUCUGGUUUGCCGCUUAAUGAGGUUGAAAAAGCUUCUACUUCGAAGGUGGAAAGUUCUAGUAUAUUGCAAGGUAAGGUUGGAUCUGAAAAGCUACCAGAAAGUUGUCUUCCUUUGCAAGAUAACAAUGAGUUAAGUAAGCAAUCAAGUUUAAAGCUACCAGCUGAAAUUUCCAUGGACAGGGUUGAUGGGCAACCAAUGGAGAUUGCGCAACAGGUGGCAGACGAGCCCCCAGUCAAUGCCGAGCCUUCAUUAAACCCUGGUCUGUUAGGCCAUGCCCUUGUUGAAGAGGUAGAGGCAAAUAUUCCAAUUAAUGGUGAAGAACAAUUAGCAGAAAUUGCUCAUCUUCCUUUAGACAAUGAUGCAGAGCAGAUUGCCAAUCUUGACAACGAAGCAGAAAUAGCAGAGGCCAAUUUACCCAAUGAUAAUGGCGAGGCGAAUCUUCCAAAUGAUAACAGUGAAGAAAACAUACCUGAUAAUAAUGCAGAAGAAGAUAGAACGGAGGUUGUUCUGCAAAUUGAUGGGAACAAUGUGGCAGCUAUAAGCAUUGGGACCGGGUUGUACUUGUACCGGAAGGAGGGUCAGGAUGAGCUGGCUGCGGUGCAGAUAGUCAAGGAGCCGCAGGAGGAGGAGCCUAGCUUCAAGUUUCUUAAAGUCCGAGAAAACGCCGAAGGCAAUUUAGAAGUUUACGAAGAAAUACAAGAAGUAGUCAUAGUGCCCCAAGAGACGCCUAUUAGAGAAAGACCAACACCAGCUGCCCCAAGCACGUCAAAAGACGACAACAAGCCGGUUGUUUGUGAACCAAGCACAAGCAAAAAAGGUGAAAAGAAGGAUACUACAACUCACAAAGACGCUCCCGUUGCGUCCACAUCUAAACAAGACACGGAGCCUAAAGAGUCACAAGCUGAUAGAACAGAACGAAACAUGAAUGGAAAAAUGGUCAAAUUCAGCGAAUCAAGGAAGUCCCCCCUCAUGGUCCAUUCCACUCCUAACAAGGAAGGGAUUCCUUUAACUAAAACUAUGGUAGACCAGCAACUACAUCCUAAUAGACAUUCAGACAACAUCAAGAAGACUAUAGAAGUCCACACAGACAAUUGCAAACAAAAGAUUUUGGAAUCACCCUCAACAUCUAAAAAUAAGGAUGUUGCUAGUCCUGAUAAAACAACUGAUGAAACACCAGCUGUUAAUAAACCAGUAGAUAAGGACAGUCCUGACAAAAAGCAUAUUGGCAUAGUCACAAAGGAAAUAGUGCCUGAUGUAAUUGACAAGAAAACAGAUGAAAUCCCUUGCAGUUCUAAUGUCAAAACUAGUGAUAAAGUAGAGGUUGCGAAACUAAAUGAAGAUGAAGCGAAAGUUUUGAUGAUAGGAAAACUAAUGGAAUCAGUUAAAGUACCAAUGAAUAAGGACAAGGAAAAGAUGAAAAAAGAUGAACCUGAAAACAAUUCUAAAAAACCAAAUGCUCCAAGUACAAGUGAGGUUGAAAUUUCAACCACAAGUAUAAGUAAGGGUAAUAAAACCGAAGAAAAGCAACCUUUAACCCCCAAGCAACCAUUACCAACUACACGUACAGAUGCAAAAGAAAAAGAAAUAUCAACUAGUUUUUCGUUUGCGCCUACUAGCGUACCUAUGGAGAUUGAUAAUUCCAUAGUUAAAACGUCCAUAAAUGAUAAACCUGAAGUGAAGCCAGUGUCACCUACCGAAAUCAUUGAAUCAGAUGACAUGGAAGUUGAUGAAGAUGCAUUAGUUAUAGAAGAGCAGAUUAUUGAAAGCCAACCUGAUAAAUGGGAAUUACAGAAACCAGAAGUAGAAACAGUAGCGGCGGCUGUUGAAAUGAAAUCAACAAUUAUUAAUAAUCAAAUGAAGAACGUUUUGGAAACAGGAGAAAUCAAACCUACAACUUCCAUCAUAAAAAAAGAAAGUGUUGCAGAAACUAUUCAGACAGGCAACUCGAGCUCGAUAAAUGCUACUGCAAUAAAUUUCACGACAGAUCAUAAUAUCGACAAGCGUAAACCUGAUAAAACAGAUACAACAAUAGCAACAUCUGUGAAGGAUCUUAACACUAACACUAUCAAAACUGAUAUGCCUACAACAGAACAUAAACCUGGAACUGAACUAAAAACAAAUAGUUUUAGUAAAAUUGAAGUUAAAGGCACAAAUCCUAAAGGUACUCAAUUAAACCAUAAUAUUAAAAUAAUACAAAACGAAUUAAUAAAGCAAACUACACCUCGAGAGAAAUUAAAUCAAAAUAUAGAAAAAUCGUCGAAUGUGAAAGAAUCAGUUGUAAUGAAACCUAUUGAAAAGAAUUUCACUGAAACAAAGUCAGCUGCCCUAGAUCCAUCGAUCCCAACAGCUAAAGUAAAUCAUUUAAUCGUCAAUAACGUGCACAAUAAACCAGAGAAUGCAAUAGCUAAAUGGGAAUCAACAGAUAAGAAAUUUGAAAAGAAAGAAGCAUUACCUAUCGCAGAUACUGAAGAUGUAAAAAUCACGUCAUUUUUACCCAGUAAAGAGCAACCACAAAGCAGGUUACCAAUAAAUACUCAAAGUUUAAUCAAACCACAAAUCAAAUCAGAUAUCAAACCCCCAAUUAUAAAUAUUGCUGAAGCCAAAAGGGAAAUUAACCAUAAAUUAACAAAUGCAGUUGACUCAAAACCAAAGUCCAUUAAUAAUAAUCAUGCACCAGUUCCCUUUGGCAAGUGGACUGAGGCGAAUCGCCAAGACUUUUUAAACAAAAUCAAAGAAUCAAAGCCAGUCAAUAUCUCUAAUGCAAACCAGAUUAAGCAGCCAAAUGAUUUAAAUAGAAGAGAUGUCCUAAAGAAGAUCGAUAGUCAAAGGCAAACCUAUAAUGCGCAUGUGAAAAUUCAAGAGUCAUUAAAUAAAGGAAAUAUUAAAAACGAAGCGUUUGCGAGCAAAACGGCCCCUGCUACUUUAACUAAGAUAGAACCUAAAGUUUAUGUGAAACCUGAAGCCCCUGUUGUAAAACCUAAACCAAUUGUUGAAAAGAAACCUGAUCAAGAACCACAAAAGCUUCAGUUAGAGUCCAUUGUCGCAGCAGCUGCGUCUAAUACUACUAAAAAAGAACAAAGAAAGGAAAUAAAUAAUCAACACCUAAUUGAUAAAACAAUUGAAGGUAUUAUCAAUAAAGCGGUAACCGGAAAAAGCCCUGAACCCAUUAUGCCUACUGUCACAGAAAAACCUAUAAUUGAGAAAGUUGAUAAAAAGCCUGAACCAAAAACUAACAGUCAGCCUACUCUCUUGGACGCUAUUGAAAUGAAGAUGAACGAACUACACGGAAUACCUUUCGUGGAGAGGCCGCCACACGAAUUGCCGCGGCCAUACGUCACGGAUUCUAAAAUAUUAUCCAAAACUGAACCCCAGAGUAUACCGCCGAAAGUUAGCAAGAUUCCCAAUCUGUUACCUCUGCCUAAAUCUCAGCAGAAACUUAGCGAGGAUGUUAUAAAUCUAGAAACUAAAGAAAAAUCCUCGAUUUCGUAUUUAAGCUCGCCUAAAACGGCAGAGAAGUCGGUCCCGACCCACGAGGCGAACACGAGUAAAGACAAAAUAAUAACGGAAAAGGAAUUCGACAAGUUUGCGAGACGCAAUUCGGUCACUUAUGAAGAUCGUCUAACCAUCACAGAGUCUCACCAAGUCAUCCAAACGGUCGUGCCGAGGGACGUGCCACCGAAAAAGAUUUCGCGAAACGAACAAAUGCUUGCUGAAGCCAAAGCUAAGUCACCACACAAGCAUCUACCGGUUAAGCAGUAUCAUCCGAGCAAAGCUGCCAGCAAGUAUAUUCCCGUGGAAACUAAUAAGCAGUAUCAAUCGAAGCUUCAACUGGCAUAUCAGACGGCGAUAUCGGUGAGCGCGAAACGACGUAUUGAAAGCCCGAUCACUAUCAUAGAAGACAAGCCGGUCAAAGUUGUAUACUUAGAUUCAAACGUUUCUGAAUUUAACAGUACUCAAUUGAACGUCCAAGGCCGCGACUUAUCUCCGGCCAAGCGUGCACCAGAACCGGACGCCGUCACCGUCGGAACUGGAGAUUCUCUCGACUCGGACAUGCUUGAUGCUAUAGACGACAGGCAGGAGGAGGUUAAAAUUAAGAGCAAACAUCAACGCAAGCAGGUGCUCACCCCUGUUGAGACCCCUGAUUUAGAGUUGAUCGAGCCUAGUGACCUGGGUAUAGAGGUCUCGCCUAAAAAGAAGCGGAAAACUGAGGAUAAGCCGGAGAGGAAGCAGAAUCUCGUGCCGAAGAAGUCAUACUUGCUCGGAAGGAGCGUCGAGGAACCUACAGAGAUCCGACCGAAUCCCAUGCCUGCUGUUCUCCAUACUGACCCAGUUUCGGCUAUAGACAGCCUGGUGAAGGCGGCCGAGCUGCUCGAUCAAUCAGAGACCUUGAACGCUAGUGUUCAGAGUGUGGACAGUUCGCAGAGUACCCCCGUCAAACGCGGCCGUGGAAGGCCGAGGAAAAAUCCUCUGCCCGAUGCCGCGGUAGAAACUACAGUCAGUCCCCAGAAAAAGCCGAGACUCAUCGAUGCCAAAGUCGCUAAACAUAUCAGCAGUUCCGACGAUUCUAGCGACGACGAUUCCAUGAUCAAAGAGAACUGGACGAUGGGAAAGAUAAACGAAAAGAUUGUCUGCCCCAUCUGCAACAAGCUGUUCCGGUCAGAAAAUGUCGUGUUCAAACACGUCAAGCACUGCACCGGGCCGUCCCCGAGUCGAUCCGAUUCCGAGAAACGCAGUCCGCGCCGCUCGCGGCUGUCGCGCGAGAGCGAAACAAAAUCGCGAGACAGUGAAUCCAAACAGCGAGAUUCGAGACACGAUCCCGAUGAAGUGGAUCUCUCCCCAGUCAGAAAAACUCCCAGUAAAAGAAAGUCGAAAGACUCUGGUAAAUCAUCUUCGAGCGACGACGUAAUUCCGAUCCAAACUGACGUCAAAGAAGAUGAACCAAAAAAGACUGAACCCCGAAAGACCAUCAAACCCAAACUUAACCCGAGGGCUAGUAGUCUCGUUUGCGAAAUUUGCAACAAGAGCUUUAGACAGCUUUCGUACCUGGUCAGCCAUAAGCUGCAGCAUAAAAAAGAAGAUAAGAAACUGACCAACGAACCCCAAUCUACAGAAAAGUCAGUAUUCAGCUGUGAGACGUGCAAGAAAGAAUUUAGGAAACUACAUCAUUUGGUGCAACACAGGCUGAUCCACAACCCGGUGCAGUCGAGGGCACUAAGGAAGACAUCUUCUGAACAGAAGGAGCUUCCCAAAAACCUCGAAGCUUCAAAGAUAGAUGACCAGAGUGCAGGUUUCCGCUGCGAACCUUGCGACAAGUCGUUUAGAAAGUUACACCAUCUCGUGGAGCACAGAGAAACCCAUGAUGGCAUUAACCGGCAAAGAUCCAACUCCAUAACCCAGGAAAAGGAGAAAGAGAAGCCGACACCGCCGCCGCAGUGCGAUAUCUGCAAGAAAACCUUCAGAAAGCUCCACCAUUUGAUCGAACACAAAGAACAACAUCUAGAGACCAGUUCCGAGAAAUCCGAUGAUCAGAAGAGCGUAAAAAGUGCGUUAUCCACUAAAGACAUUAUCCACGAAUGCAAUUUGUGCUACAUGGUGUUCCCCAACGAGCAUUCACUGAAUAAACACACGGUCAUUUGUCUGAGGAAAAAGAGACAAUCGGCAGCCAAAAAAGCGGCAGCGCUUGAAGAAAAGAAUGCUGAAGAGAGUUCUAAAGCAGAACUGCCAGAGGAAACUGAAGUAGAAUCUGUCAAAGAGCCACACGUAGAAACAAAAGCCGUAGAGGAAAAAGUAGUAAAACCUCCCGAAAAACCAAUUGAUCUUCCAAAGGAAGUACCUCAGGUAAAGGAAGAUCCUCCUAAACCGGCAAUAGUACCAACAGUCGAGAAAGUUGAUAAACAGAUCGAGCCUAAAGCAGUUGAAAAGAAAGCACCGCCACCAGAAAAUCCAACACCCAAAGUUGCAAAGUCUGUAGAAACUCCAGCUAAAGUCAAACAAGUAGAAGAGAUCAUAGUUAUCGAAGAUACGCCUAAGAAGAAAACUCCCGCUAAAGAUAAAGUGGCGCCGAGUGUGACGAAGCGUCAGAAAGUCGCUCCGCCUACUGACGAGCGAACCGCGCCUUCCAGCGACGACGAUGAAAUCCGCUACAUGUUCAACCCGUACUUUAAAGUUGUAGAGACGACUGAAAGCAAAACCUUCAUGAAGAUCCGCGCCAAAAAGCGCAGUUCCCUAACAUUCGAGAAACCACAUAAAGACGUAGUCAGUAGACGAACGUUACUCCAGCACCCGCCUAAAAUCCCGCGUGUCCGCGCCAAAGCUGACGACGUUCCCUCUCCUCCCAAACCGGUGGUCAAACCCAAAAUAACAGUAGAAGUGCCUUCAACAGACUCCGAUGACAGCGACGUGAAGUACUCCUUCCCGAAGUCUGUUCCGGAGAAACCGGAAAAGCUACAGGCUCCGGCGGAAGAUACGAAACGGAGGAAGACGAUGGCGGAGAAAAGAAAGUCUCUUAGUGCGAUAGCGAAGCGAAAGUCGCUAGGGAAGACCACCGUCAAGGCUAAACCUUCGUCUGCGAAACCAAUUAAACGACGAACAGAAGCGGCCGAGCACCGCUGCGACUGUGGCCAACUAUUCAGUAGUGCUGCACUGCUCGCACGGCACGCCUCUCUCGCUCACACACCCCCGCGCGUGCGCCGACCGCGGGACAUCGACGCAGCGCCGCCGAGCCGCAAGGCGACUGCCGACCUAACGAGGAAAGGUGUCGACCAGGUAAAAAAAAGUGUUAAGGAUGUUGAGAAACCGAGGAAAAGUGUAGAGCAAUCACGGAAAAGUGUCGAGCAAUUACGAAAAAGUGUCCAUCAGGUAAAAAAGAGUGGGAAAGACGCCAGCAGUAGUGUCGAGCACCCGCGGAAAAGUGUCGAGCAAUCACGAAAAAGUGUCGAUCAGGUAAAAAAGAGUGGGAAAGACGUUAGUGUCGAGCAAAAGAAAGUAGUCAGUGGUAUGGACAGUGUUCGGAAAUCGGUGAAGAAAACAGCUAGUGCGAGGAGCCGCGUACACACCGGCAUUCCGCUGCCCGAUAAGCGUCCGUCGAGGAAAUAGAGCUCUUGUAACUACACGUUUUAUGGGACCCUUGUUCGUGUUCAGUGAGUACUUUAAAUUAUAGUUAAAAUUACUCAUUGCUUGGGUGUUUUUAGCGGCCUAAAACUGAGACUUGGAACAUUUUAUUUGACUCUGACUGCCAAAGACGUCAGUUGACGAGGGCGUGCAGCCCAAUAAGUAUCAACUUUCACAAUGACGCGCUGCUCACGACAGGCGUGGCAUUAAAGUUGUACACAUCACUAUUUUGUUGAGUCUUGUUAUCUACUCAGAAUGAUGAGCUCUUUCGACUCCCACAAGAGAAAAAACAGUCCCAUUUUUUUCUUCCCGUUACCAUUAUUCAUGGACUUUGUAUGACGGUAACCAGAAAAAAAUUAAAGAAAAAAAUAUGGAAAGCUUGAGACACUUUUUUUCUUAAAACAAAAUCGUGUUUCUGAGUAGAAACAAAACAAAAUCCAAUUCAAAUAAUAAGGGGCGUGUAAAACUAGUACAU